CUUCAUCGUUGACCAAGCUAAUGCAUGGCUGAAUGCAAACCAGGAUUUUACUGUCUGGAAAUGUGAAUCCAUCAGCUAUAAACUGGUAGAGGAAGAUCAGUACGACACCAAAGGAGUGUUACAUUCAGAGUCCUCAUACGGCGUCAAUAGAUUCGUCAUGGGACUGAGAUUAUGGUUGGUCCCAAGAAUUUCUGACACCAUGCCGGUGGCCCAGAUCGGAUACACAACAGCCAUUCCUGGGGAGCCUUAUACAGAUGAGGACCAGGGUACAGCUGUGCAAUGGGAAAAAACACAGGCUAUAAGCUCAGGGGGAGGUAACUUUGCACAUGACAUGCUGACAACAGUGGUAAGCUCUCUGAUUCCCCCAGGCACCAAUAAAGGAAACGAUAAAGAUGAAAAGGCUGGUGAACAGAGCACAACGGUAACUGACAUCACCAAUAAGAAGGGCAGUCAGCCGGUCCCAGAAAGGAGAGACAUCGCUGCACAUCUCUCAGAACCAACCCAUCGAGUGUCUGCUGCAUACUAUACUACCAUGACAUCAACCAUCAAAGGACUGAACAAAAAACUCACACGAAAACCUCUGCCAGGUGUGAUAUUAAAUGUGGAAAACCUGACCCUAAGAGCUUCUACAGAGCAAUCUAGGCCACAAAUCGUGAUGGACCCUGAGUGUACGUCGUGGGCAGAGGUGGGCCGCAGGAACACUGUCUAUGUGUUUGCUAUCAGGAUAUUUUAUCUCAAAGGACGAGAGGAGUUCUGCACAAUUGGUAAGUUCAAUGAUAUGGUCUAA